GUUCGAGCUCGAGUAAAAACAGCCAGUGGAAAGUCUCAGCCCUCGGCCCCUGUUGUAUGUGACUAACCCUGACAAGGGAAGACAGCUGUCGGUCUCGCCUGCUUCCUUGCCGGCCCGGCCAGGUUUGUAGACACGUCUGCACGUGCCUCAGGGUUUAAAGCGGCCCGAUAGCGUCGGUUGUUUGCAUAACUUGGGAGCUGAUGACAGAGUGUAUAUCGGUCCCAGAUUUGUGGCUUGAGAUUCGGGUACUGCACCACAGCAAACAAGCUUCCCAUGGAUCUCAGCCAUCCUGCUUUGCAUCCCAGAAUCCAUUGUGACAAAGUGAGUGCUGAUGGGUACGACAUCACAAACCUGGUGUCAGCUGAUCUACGAGUCCGUGCCAGGGGUUUCCGAGCUGAAUAUUUCAUCAAGCCUCCUGUCAAUGUAAUCCUGAGUUUCCCCUUCCACAUCCACAUUCACAGGAUAGACAUUGAUCCAUGUGUUGGGUCAAAUGUUUCAUUAGGGCUUCAGAUUUUAACACACUCAGCUACAAGUAUAGAAAACUGGCUUGUAGACAGUAAACCUGGUAGCACAUGUGCCUCCCUAAACAGUACAUUCAACCCUGAAACAUUCAAUCUAGUUGGAAAAGCUUUCCUAGAGGAAAGGAAAUUCCUUUGCUUUAAGAACAACAGGUAUAGUCCAAGACGUCCAUUUGUGGGAAAAGACUUCACACCAGGAACUCUUGAUGGGAAUGCUUACAUAUCCAACUUGUGGCAGAAAUCACCAGCAUUGAGUAGAGUAAGCCACCUGAUGGUGAGAAUUGUGCGCACACAGAACGCUUCCAUCCCUGUGCUGAGGUCCGUCCGUGUUUAUGGACAACCAUCAGCAACUUGUGACAAGGAAGUUAUCAGUCUUGUCUACCAAAUUUCUCAAAGCCUGAAAUCUCCUCCUAAUGAGUCCACAACAAUUUCUGUCCAGUCUCCUCCUUCUAAGGAGGAAAAAGUCCAAGAUACAGCAAGAACUUUGCUGAAAGGUCCAUCUGAGGAAAGUCCUGGAAUUCCCCUGGAGUACCUGGAUGAGAUCACCCACGAGCUGAUGGCCCUACCCAUGAUGCUUCCAUCUGGUCAUUCUGUUGACCAAUCAACAUUAGACAAGCACAGCCAAUCAGAGGAGGUUUGGGGCCGUCCACCCAGUGACCCUUUUACAGGGGUUCCGUACACACGAAGCUCACAUCCCAUACCAAAUACUGCACUGAAAGUUCGAAUUGAUAAGUUUCUCCUGCAAGAGGGAAAGCAUCUUGGUAAUGUUGGCCGCACAGUGGGACGACGUACAAGAUCAACAGCACACACUUUAGCAACAGCCAAUCAGAAUACUUCACACACAGAAACUGCCCAUAUCCAACAGGCUCCAUCAACAAGCAAUGCUGUACUCUCAUCUGCCCAAGUUUCAAAAUGUCAUAUCAACAUCUCAAACUCUGCCUCUACAUCAAACCAUGCACCAAAAGUGUCAGAACUUGAUACUUCUCAGUGCAUAAAGGACUCUUCUGGACAAUCAGAAAACAAGGCUAAAAGAUAUUCCAAUGUUCAUGCAUGUGCUGAAACUAGUGAUUUGAGAGGACCAUGUAGGAAAAGACCCAAGGUAACUCAGGACAUUCAGACCAAGUGUAAGCCAUACAGUGGGUCACAUGAGGAGGCCUUGAGUCAAAGCCUGGAUGCUGCCUUAGCAAGAACAUUAGGUUCCAUUCCUGCAUUCAAAAGGAGGAGAAAAGAACCAACUCUAGGUCAAGUAGCAGCCUCAUCUUUAGUGAAUGAAGAUAACAACAAACUGCAUAUCAACAAAGGAAUCCACGGCAACAUGACAGUGACAGCUGGGGCUACUGGGAGCAGCUGCUGUAAAUGCAGCUCACCCGCUGCUCAAAACUCCUGCAACCUUUUGCAGCUGCCAUGUCUGCACCUGAUGUGCCGCAGGUGCCUGCUGCAGGUGCAACAGGACAGGGUGCUGAUCUGUACCUUGUGUCAGAAAACUUUUCAAACUGGGGAUGUUGUAAAUGUGCAUUUGUAGGAUUCCCGUAGCUGUAAGUCUGUAGGGGGCAUGCAGCUAUGUAUAACAAACAAAUAAUUAUACAUUUAGAGAGACCAUUGUGCACCAACUCUGCAGCAUCUCGUCUCUUUGUACUUCUACAGAAGAACCUUUAAAUACAUAUAGAAAAGGUGUGUUUCUGUACAGGACAUUGUGCAUACUUUGCCUUUGGAGCUACAUGUGGUGCUGUGUAUUACUGUGAGAUUGCCAACUUGUAAUACCCAGUAACUCAGACCAAGGACAUUGUGUGGGUCCUACAUAACACCCUUGUUCUGACACAGCAGUAAUUACUAUUGAAUGGUCCCUCAUUGUAUGGUGAGAGUUUGAAAUGAAAGGAUUUAUAGGGCCA